GAAACCAGCCUUUCGCAGAUCACUCGCAGGAGUCUAGAGAACCCUUCUUGACCAUGCAGGGCUCCAAAGGAAUAGAGAACCCGGCUUUCGUCCCUUCCAGCCCAGACACCCCACGCCGUGCUUCUGCUUCGCCCUCCCAGGUGGAGGUCUCUGCUGUGGCCUCCAAGAAUCAGAAUGGGGGUUCGCAACCUCGGGAACCUGAGGAGCCCCAGAAGUCAACUGAGCCAUCUCCGCCUUCUUCGAAUCUCCCAGCUUCUGAUGAGCCCCCCGGGUCACAGCUAAGCGAGCUUGAGGAGGGACCUUGCGGGUGGAGGGACUUCCACCCGCAGUGUCUGCAGCGCUGCAACACCCCGCAAGGCUUUCUGCUUCACUACUGUCUCUUAGCCCUAACGCAAGGUAUUGUAGUAAACGGCCUGGUAAACAUUAGCAUUUCCACCAUCGAGAAGCGUUAUGAAAUGAAAAGCUCACUGACAGGCCUGAUAUCAUCGAGCUACGACAUCUCCUUUUGCGUGUUGUCUCUAUUUGUAUCUUUCUUUGGUGAGAGAGGACACAAACCUCGCUGGCUCGCCUUUGCAUCCUUUAUGAUAGGACUGGGAGCUCUGGUGUUUUCCUUACCGCACUUCUUCAGUGGAAAAUAUGAACUGGGAUCCAUUUUUGAAGAUACGUGCUUAACGAGGAACAGCACCAGAUGUACGUCUUCUACCUCUCUGCUUUCUAACUACUUCUAUGUCUUUAUCCUGGGACAAUUGUUGCUGGGGACUGGAGGAACUCCACUCUACACCCUGGGAACAGCCUUUAUUGAUGACUCUGUGCCCACACACAAAUCUUCUCUCUAUAUAGGUAUUGGCUAUUCUAUGUCAAUCCUAGGUCCUGCCAUUGGGUAUGUGUUGGGUGGACAGCUGUUGACGGUGUACAUUGACAUUGCGAUGGGACAAAGUUCUGAUCUGACUGAGGACGACCCCCGGUGGUUAGGGGCUUGGUGGAUCGGAUUCCUCUUAGCUUGGCUCUUUGCUUGGUCUUUGAUCAUGCCUUUCUCCUGUUUUCCAAAGCAUUUACCAGGGACAGCAAAAAUUCAAGCUGGCAAAAUUUCCCAGACUCAUCAAAAUAAUAGUACUUCCUUCCAACAUACUAUGGAUGAAGAUUUUGGAAAAAGUAUUAAAGAUUUUCCAAGUGCUAUAAAGAAUUUGAUGAGCAAUACAGUCUUUAUAUGUUUAGUUCUAUCAACUACUUCUGAAGCAUUAGUUACUACGGGAUUUGCCACAUUUUUACCUAAAUUUAUAGAAAAUCAAUUUGGAUUGACGUCAAGCUUUGCAGCUACACUUGGAGGGGCUGUUUUAAUUCCUGGAGCUGCUCUUGGUCAAAUCUUAGGUGGUGUUCUUGUUUCAAAAUUCAAAAUGAAGUGUAAAAAUGCAAUGAAGUUUGCAUUAUGUACAUCUGGAGUAGCACUUGUGCUGAGUUUUGUAUUUAUUUAUGCAAAAUGUGAAAAUGAGCCAUUUGCUGGUGUGUCUGAAUCCUAUAAUGGAACAGGAGAAAUGGGGAAUUUGACUGCACCUUGUAAUGCCAAUUGCAACUGUUUGCGGUCCUACUAUUACCCUCUCUGUGGAAAUGACGGAAUACAGUAUUUUUCUCCCUGCUUUGCAGGUUGUUUAAACUCAGUUUCAAACAGGAAACCAAAGGAAUAUUAUAAUUGUUCCUGUAUAGAACGGAAAGUAGAAAUCACUUCCACUGCAGAAAGUAUUGAUUCUGAAGCUACAGCUGGAAAAUGUAAAUCUCGGUGUUCAAACUUGCCCAUAUUUCUUGGCAUUUUCUUCAUUACAGUUAUCUUUACCUUUAUGGCAGGCACUCCCAUAACUGUGUCUAUAUUACGGUGUGUCAAUCACAGACAGCGGUCUCUAGCAUUGGGAGUGCAGUUCAUGCUUCUUCGUUUGUUAGGCACGAUACCUGGGCCAAUUAUAUUUGGUGUCACAAUAGACAGCACAUGUGUUCUGUGGGAUAUCAAUGAAUGUGGAAUAAAAGGAGCAUGUUGGAUUUAUGAUAACAUCAGGAUGGCGCAUAUGCUGGUAGCUAUAAGUGUUACUUGUAAAGUUAUCACCAUAUUCUUCAAUGGACUUGCGAUUCUUCUCUAUAAACCACCGCCCCCAGGGACAGAUGUAUCAUUUCAAAGUCAGAAUGUCGUUGUAUCUACUAUCACAGUGGAAGAGGAUCUCAGCAAAGCUGAAAAUGAAGGAUGAAAAAGAAGAGGAGAUUGUUUUGGAAAGCUGGCUCCUGCCUGGAAGAACAUUCUGUGCCAAGACACCAUUGUCUAGUCUGUGUAGACCAUGGUUUAAAACGGUUCAAGAACUGAGGUGGUCAUUGUCUAUGUAUAGAUUCCUAGUUUUGUUAAAACAAACAAAAAACAAACAAACUCAAAAACAUAUCAGGCUCAUGCCUUUAAAGUUCACCAAAAGCCUCAAACUACUCAGAUUCUUAUUUAUUUCCAUUGUCUACCUACGAAAUCACCAAGGAGUAGCAAGAGUAAUUGCCAGCAACACAUACUUUAAACAUUAUGCUUCUGAACACAGGUAUGCAUGCACACAAAUUAAAACAUCAGUUUUUAUUCCUUUUGUUUUUGUAAGACAGGCCACACAUACCCCAUCAGCUCAGGAACUCAGGUAGCUAAAGAUGACCCAUGACAUCUGAUUCUCCUGGAGUUACAUCUCAUGUACUGAGGUUGCAAGUCUGUGUUACCACCAUUGGCUCACACUGUCAUAUUUUCAUUCUCUCUGCGACUAGUUCCGCGUUAAUUUUCAUUGUUGACUCUUUGAGCUUAUUUGAGAUGUUUACAGCAUAAAAAAUUAGGCUAAUGAAAUUUAUGCAAUGGCUUUGGAGACCAGUUGUUUAAAACUCAUGGAAGUAAAAACAACUUUACAGUGUAGGUUUUAUCUUAUACCUCCUUCCUAGCAUAUAUUUUCACAGUAAAUCACUGAACUGAUAGAAUGUAGGGGCAUUACCUUUUUUGUGUCCCACUACCCUACAGCCUCAGAUAUAUCAGCAUGAACUACACAUUUUCAAUUUAGAAUAAGAAUUCUAGGAGGCAAUUUGUUCAUGUUGUUGUCUUUUAACACUAAAACCCAUGACUGUGACAGUAUUGUUCAAUUACCUAUUUUCAGAGAAAAGAGCCAGCUUCAGGAAUGAAAAGUGCCAAGUAGCCAUGAUAAGAUGUCAUAAUGCACUAGUGACAAAUAUUUGUGUAUCAAACACUUUAAAUUUUAUUUACAAACUAACCACCUAGCCAAUUUAUUACAGUAACAUAAGCAGAGUUUCAUUUAAUAGGCAUCAUGUAUUCUUAUUUUAGUGAAAGUUUAAGUUGAAUGAUGCAGUUACUGGAAGCUUAAGUAUUUCAUGAACCUACAUCACAGUAAGUAAAUUCCAUCUGUGUAGGCUCUGACAAAUUUACUUAAAAUACUGAAGGCAUUGGUCAUUGAGCAUCAACAUUAAUAACUUACUAUUGUAAAACACUAUUUCUAAUUAAUAAAAGUAUUACAUGGCUAAGGAUGUAGUUGAGGACAAAUUCUAAAUUUGAUACUCAGUCCUGAAAAGACCUACUCAAAACUAAGGAGGUGAUUAUAUUUGUGUUGUUUUUACAAAUCAAAUCUACUUUAGUUAGUUUCCCCAACCAGCUAGCCCACACCCAUACCACCUAUGUUAGCUCUUUAUAAACUUAAUGAAUCAGGUUCUCCUUCAGGGUAGCAUAAGUACCCCUCCCCGACAAAAAAUACCUGGAAGAAAAUUAGAAUUAGAGACUCUAGAAUUCACAGAAUUUACAUUGCUGUGUCUGGUGGUAAUCCAUGUGUAGUCCAUGACUUCAGAACCUGGGAGCUCUUGUAAGCUGCAAUUCAAGGGGGGAUGAGCUAGGACUUAGAAUCAAAAGCCCCUUCAGUAUUCACUGAGAGGGGACAGUCUCAGGAAACAGAGGGAUAGACCUACUUGUCUCAGGAAUUUACAUACCAAAAUUUAAUUUGAAAAAAAUACAGCCAAAAUUCAGGUAUUUGGGAAGGCGACACUUCCAUCAAGCAAAGGGACAGUACAAGAAAGACAGGGAAAUCCACAUGAUACCUCGGAUGAGAAUAUUACUCCCCACCUUCUGGGCACAUCUUAAAUACUGCCUCCAUUAUGACCAAGGGUAAUAGGAGUCAGAUGUUCUACAAUCCCACGUGUGGAAGCAUGGCAUCCUGUGGAACAGGAUAAGCUAAUGCAAUCCUGAGAAGCUUAGUGAUAGAGACUUAGUGAACUGAGAACAAGAAAGGAAACACAAAGUCUGCCCAAGCAGAAGACUGUAUGGUCUCUUAGGGAGAAGAAAUAAAAGAAAAAAAAAACAGUCAUUGUCUGAUGAACAGGGCAUUAGAGAAUUGGUUUCCAUCAUAAUUAGUGUUCGCCACAUGGAUAUUGUCUCCAGUUUACUCAGUUUUGACAUAUUCCUUUCUCUUUUUUUUAACAAACUUGUAAAAGAAAAUUGCUAAAGGAAACCAAUAAUUUUGGCACUAGGAUAUACAUAUCGAGAAAGGGUACCUCCAUUUGGAAUGAACACACUACUGUAGUCUUCAUUGUUUCUAUUUGUGAAUUCAUGCAGAUUAUAUGUGUUGGUAUGCUGCUUUUAGAAUAUAUUUUCAUGAUAUGUAUUUGCCGCAACUUAUAAUUAUUUUAUAAUAACUUUCAGGUGUACCUGCUGUAAUUUUGUACAUAAUUGAAUAUAUCUUCAAAUUUGUUAUAUUUUGAUUUUCUUAACUGCAGAGAAUAAAAAUAUAAAACUCUUUCUUAACCAUGGGAAAAUUGUAUACAUUUGACUUUGCUAUGUAAAUUGAAAGAAAUAUAAAUAAAUGUAGACCUAUUUUCUUUGUUGCAAACAACUCUGUGAAUAAUGAUACAUAUAACUUUUAUUAAAUCAGAAUAUUUAUAUUACA